CCACUAGCACCAAAAUUUUGCCAACUCGGAACCUCUUUAAACUUAAAAACCAAUUACACCCUCUCUAUCCUAUACACACACUCACAAAAACAUAGACACAUUUCGUUUAAUGAGUUGUUGUACUUAUAUAUCAAUAAUCAAACUAUUUUUUCUUUCUUUCUCUCCAACGGAAUCUGUUUUUGCUCUGUUUUUCUCUGCCGGAAAAUUCCCAUUCCCGGUGGCGGGAAAGGGAGUUUGACCGUUAGGUUCAACUGGGUUUUCGUUAAAGUUGGCAGAUUUUUAUCUGGGGUUUGGUUUGGUUUGAUUGGGGGGGAUUUCUACGAAGAUGGUGAUCUCCGUGGCGACCCCCAGGAAGUCGAUAACAGAGAAGGUGUUCCAGAAGGUUGGAGGGUACUACCAUGGCAGCAAAAGCAACCAAAACCAGAGGAGGUGCUCGAACGAGACUGACUACGAUUAUGAUGAGGAUAGCACCGUGGAGCUGGUGCAGAUUGGAGCAGAGAGGACCAAGAACGUGCUCAUUCUCAUGAGUGAUACAGGUGGAGGACACAGAGCCUCUGCUGAGGCCAUCAGAGACGCCUUUCAAAUUGAGUUUGGCGAUGAGUAUAGGAUAUUUGUGAAAGAUGUAUGGAAAGAAUACACCGGCUGGCCAUUAAAUGACAUGGAGAGAUCAUACAAGUUCAUGGUGAAACAUGUACAGUUAUGGAAGGUUGCUUUCCACGGUACCUCUCCUCGAUGGAUACACAGCUUCUAUCUUGCUGCCAUUGCUGCCUACUAUGCCAAAGAGGUGGAGGCCGGGCUAAUGGAGUACAAGCCAGACAUCAUCAUCAGUGUGCAUCCUUUAAUGCAACAUAUUCCUUUGUGGGUUCUUAAAUGGCAAGGCCUCCAGAAGAAAGUGGUUUUUGUCACUGUCAUCACUGACCUAAAUAGUUGCCAUCCUACAUGGUUUCACCCUGGGGUUAAUCGGUGCUAUUGCCCAUCAGAGGAGGUAGCCAAGAGAGCGUUACUGGAUGGCCUUGAGGAGUCUCAAACUCGUGUUUUUGGCUUGCCCAUCCGGCCUUCUUUUGCCCGUGCGGUUCUUUCCAAGGAUCAAUUGAGGGAAGAGCUUGAGAUGGACCCAGAGUUGCCUGCAGUUUUGCUAAUGGGAGGUGGUGAAGGGAUGGGACCUGUUAAGAAAACUGCAUUGGCUCUUGGGGAAUCACUUUUUGAUAAUAAUCUUGGAAAACCAAUUGGGCAAUUAAUUAUUAUAUGUGGCCGUAAUAAAACACUAGCUGCUACUCUUCAAUCCGAGCAGUUUAAAAUCCCAGUAAAGGUGAGAGGGUUUGAGACCCAAAUGGAGAAAUGGAUGGGAGCUUGUGACUGCAUUAUAACAAAAGCUGGACCUGGUACAAUUGCAGAGGCAUUGAUCAGGGGGCUUCCUAUUAUUCUCAAUGAUUACAUUCCUGGACAAGAAAAGGGCAAUGUACCUUAUGUUGUAGACAAUGGUGCCGGUGUCUUCACCCGAAGUCCUAAAGAAACGGCAAGACUAGUGACUGAAUGGUUCAGCACCAAGAAAGAUGAACUCAAGAUAAUGUCAGAGAAUGCAUUUAAAUUAGCACAACCAGAGGCUGUCUUCAACAUUGUGAGGGACAUCCAUGAUCUCGCUUGCCAACGAGGGCCUCUAGCGAAUAUCCCCUACAUGUUAACAUCUUCAUUCACAAGCCUCAUUUAAUUGACAACAAUUGUGUCUUGAGGCACUUCAAAAAAAAAAAAAAAAAAAAUUUGUGUCUUGAGGCUCCUCCACUCAAUCAAUUACUUAGCUCAAAAAAAAAAAAAAAAGGUUUGCCUCCAUAGUAUAUUGCAAUGUACAGUUAGUUAGCUUUGGAAUUAUCAUUCUUUGGUCUCAGGGGCCUGGUCGUUAAUAUGAGUUGUAAAUUAUGCAAAACAAGCUCUCGUGUUUUUAAUGAUUGGGAUUUCUUUUAGGCUAA